AUGACUGUGAAUAAAGGUAUUAGCAUUCGCGUAAACAACGUCGGUGACAAGGUCUCCUACAAGGAGAACGAGUUGUUGACCAACUACACUUACCACACGAAUGUGGUACACACUAACAGCGACAAGACACAGUUUGAAGUGACUCCCUUGGACAAGAACUACCAAUUCAAAGUGGACUUGAACAAGCCGGAGAGACUGGGUGUCAUGCUCGUGGGUCUUGGUGGUAACAACGGGUCCACCAUGAUGGCUGCUGUGCUGGCUAACAAGCACAAUGUGUGCUUCCGUACUCGUGACAAAGAGGGUCUAACUGAGCCAAAUUACUACGGUUCUUUGACUCAAUCAUCAACGAUCAAGCUGGGUGUCGACUCUAAGGGUAAAGACGUCUACGUGCCUUUCAACUCUUUGGUGCCAAUGGUUAACCCAAACGAUUUUGUGGUCUCAGGUUGGGAUAUCAACGGAGCCACCAUGGAUCAAGCCAUGGAGCGUGCUAGUGUCCUUGAAGUUGACUUGAGAAACAAGUUGGCUCCAAUGAUGAAAGAUCACAAACCCUUGAAGUCCGUCUAUUAUCCAGAUUUCAUCGCUGCUAACCAGGAUGAGCGUGCUGAUAACUGUUUGAACGUCGACCCACAAACCGGCAAAGUUACCACCACCGGUAAGUGGGAACACUUGAACCACAUCAGAAACGAUAUCAGAACUUUCAAACAACAGAACGACCUGGACAAAGUAAUUAUUCUAUGGACCGCUAACACCGAAAGGUACGUCGAGAUAUUGCCUGGUGUCAAUGACACCAUGGAAAACUUGCUCGAAGCUAUCAAAAACGAUCACACUGAAAUUGCACCAUCUACUAUCUUUGCUGCUGCUUCCAUCCUUGAACAUUGUCCUUACAUUAACGGUUCCCCACAGAACACUUUUGUUCCGGGUCUGAUUGAACUUGCUGAAAAGAACGACUCGUUGAUCGCUGGUGAUGACUUCAAGUCCGGCCAAACUAAGAUGAAAUCUGUCUUGGCUCAAUUUCUAGUCGAUGCCGGUAUCAGACCCGUCUCAAUUGCUUCUUACAACCACUUGGGUAACAACGAUGGUUACAACCUUUCCUCACCACAACAGUUCAGGUCCAAGGAGAUCUCAAAGGCUUCGGUGGUAGACGAUAUCAUUGAAUCAAACCCAAUUCUAUACAAUGACAAACUAGGUAACAAGAUCGACCACUGUAUCGUUAUCAAGUACAUGCACGCCGUAGGUGACUCAAAAGUUGCUAUGGAUGAAUACUACAGUGAACUGAUGCUAGGUGGCCACAACAGAAUCUCCAUCCACAAUGUCUGUGAAGACUCUUUGCUAGCUACACCAUUGAUCAUCGAUUUGAUUGUCAUGACCGAGUUCUGCUCCAGAGUCACAUACAGAAACGUAGACGGCCAGGAUGGUGCAGAGGCUAAGGGUGAUUUCGAAAACUUCUACCCAGUGCUGUCGUUCCUAAGUUACUGGCUGAAGGCCCCAUUGACAAAGCCAGGCUACCAACCAAUCAACGGUUUGAACAAGCAGAGAACAGCGCUAGAAAACUUCCUAAGGUUGUUGAUCGGCCUUCCUGCCAUUGACGAACUGAGAUUCGAAGAAAGAUUGAAAUAG